GUUGCUGUAAAUUUGUUUCUUUUGAUACAAUAGGUUUUUAUACCAAUAUAUGGCAAUUCAUGAAAGUUUAAUGUUGUUUUCCAGCUAAGUAAGUACAUUAUUAAGUUAUUUUGCUGGAGUUAUAGUGUUUAUUGUUUAGCUUCAAUGUUCAGUGCUAGCCGUGUUUAAAUAUUGAGACCGAGAAUACAUGGCGAGGCGGGAAAAACAAUUUUUAAAGAUAUUGAAAAUGUUUUGUAUUCACAGGUAAAAAACAAUGUGAAAGGUUUACAAAUAGUGGUUUUGUUAAAGGUAUGUCUACAGCAGCUUUCAGUGGCUAUAUAAUGGUUGAAAAUAUUUCUGUAAUAUAUGUACUGUACACGUGCUUUUAAAUGCUUCGGAAUACAAAAUACACGUAAAUAUAUGAGUCAAGUUUGGGUUUCUUAAACCUUUAUUUGAUAUAUACUGGUAGUACAAUGUGCUUAGACUGCUUAUAUAUUGAAACCCCCUUAUCUGUCUAAUACCAGACAAAUGUGCCCACACUGGAAAGUAGGGCAGUAGGCCACUUUAGCCCGAGAUCUUCUGGAGCAGGUCUACUGUUUUGUAAUGCUAUUCUAAAAAUUUCUGUUAUUUGCGGCAGUUCUACUGCGGCAGCUUGUUGGUGCUUUCCACCCAGGUAAUAUGCUUGCUUUUGAACAAAUGUACUUGUCAUAAAAACACUUGGCAAAGUUGCCUAUAUACAGACUAACAUGAAAAUUUGUCAUAGAAAAGCUGCUUGUCUGCAACGUCAAUAUCUGUACCUGGCUUAAGCAGGUUAUAACGAGCAAGAAAACUAUGACAAGUUUUUAUGUGACAAGUUUUUAUGUGACAUGUUUUUAUGUGACAAGUUUUAUUUGCUCGUCUGUACGACAACUUUGACAAGUUUUUCUAUGACAAGUUUUCUUUGUUGACCCAUACAGACGAACAAAAUUUGUACUUUGACAAUUUUUUCUAUGACAAGUGCACUUGUUCAAAAGCUAGCAUGCUAACUUUUGAAUAAGUGCACUUGUCAUAGAAAAAAUUGUCAAAGUACAAAUUUUGUUCGUCUGUAUGGGUCAACAAAGAAAACUUGUCAAAGUAAUCUGAGAAUUUGAUGUGAUUGACCAGCGGACUAUUAUAAUUUUUCUAUCAUGGCGGCGAUAAACACUUUUUUCUGACACGUUCACACCAGUAAAUAAAACUUGUCACAUGAAAACUUGUCAUAUAAAAUUUGCUGCAUAUACACAUGUGCACUAGCUUGGCAAAUAAAACUUGUCACAUAAAAUUUGUCUUAGAAAACUUGCUCGUCUGUAACCGGCUUUAUGAAGUAAUAUUUAACUAUAUAGAUAUGAAAAACCUUCAACUACUGGGCUUCAGUUCAAGCGAAGCAAUCCACAACAGUGAGAAUGCAUGUAUGAGCAUUGAUGUUGACAAGGGAUAUGUCUAUCUUGUCUCGCCUACACAUUUUAUUGGAUUUGCACCAGACACACAGGCAGUGAGUGCAUCAAUAUUUACCAAAUAAAUUAGAGCUAGAAUAAGGGUUUAAGAUUACUAUUUAGGUUAGUGUUAUAAAACACUAACAGCAGAGUUAGUUAAGACUAUACAGAGUGUCCAAAAAAACCCGCAAAACCAUUGAAAUAACGUAUUAUUAAAAUUUGAAUGCCCUAGCACUAACUGAACGCAAAGAUGCGUAAAAUAUUGACAAGGGUGCAUAUUAGAUUAAAUAUUGACUUAUUAAGAAAUGUUGUGAAACAUUUUUUGGGACACCCUGUAUAACUGGCUGGCUCUUUGAAAUUUUGGUAGCUGAAUUCAUCUGCAGUUUUCUGCUGAACAUUUUUGUCACUACCUAACACUGGCAUGGACCAUUUGAUUUUGUAUUUUAUAUUGUGUGUAUUUGAAUGUGUUAGGUUGUUGUUGAGCUGCUGUUAGAGUCUUCAUUUCCUGACAAUGAUAGUUCGCAAAGUAUUGUUGGUAUUCAAUAUUUACCUCUUCUUGAUGGUGUGUGUUUUGCAACUUCCAGUGGAGACGUCAACCUUUUUGAUACCACUAUUCCACAGGUACAAUUGAAAAGGCGAUACAAAGUGCUUAAAUGCUGGGGUUUGGUGGGUAAUCCAAGUGAGCAUAUAUAUAUACAUAGUUUUAAGACCUAUAAUUAGGAAUGGCUGCAAAAAAAAAUGCAACUAUAUAUAUAUAUAUAUAUAUGCUUGACUGAUCAUUAAGUGCCACGACGAUCCCUUGACAAGUAAAAUUGCUUGGUAUUAGAUGCAAUAUAAUACCAGGGGGGGGGGGGGGCACUAAUGCCCACCAUUAAGCUGUGAUGUAUGAUGUGGCUAAGAAUAUUUAAUGUAUUUUUGUAUAGUUAGAAUGUGUUGGAAGUGUUGAUAGUGGUCUAACAUGCAUGUCCUGGAGUCCUGACCAAGAAAUUGUUGCAUUUACAACUGGUAUGUUUGUUUGUGCAUCUAGAGAUAUGUAGGUUGUAGGGCUUUGUUUUAAUUUGUGACUGUUCAUCUUGAGAUGCAAGGUUGUUAUGCAAUUUGAGUUAGCUGUAUAAUUGAAUGAUUGUUCAGGUCAAGCGACAAUAAUUUUGAUGAACAAAGAUUUUGAUCCUGUGUCUGAAGUACCAAUACGCUCAGAGAUAUUUGCCACAGGUCAGUGCUCAAUGUCACUCCAGUGUUCUUCGUGUCUCUGUUCUCUGGAAUAAUAAAUGUAUUGUUUUUAGAUGCACCAGUCAAUGUUGGCUGGGGUAAGAAGGAAACACAAUUCCAUGGCUCUCUUGGAAAAGAAGCUGCUAAAAUUAAGAGUGAGGUAUGUCUGGUGCAUUGUGUUUGGCAUUGAAUUUGAACCUGAAUUUAUAAUUCAAUCAUAGACAGGCUUUAUAAUUUACAUACAUUUCAUUUUCUAAUUUGAUUACUCUAAUCAUGGGAGCAAAGUUAAUUCACAGUUAGUACAAUUAUUGAAGUAUAUUUAAAGCAUAAAUCCUCUAUUUAGCCUCCCUCUCUAACAUGCAUCCCUCUAAUAAGACCCCUCUUUCAAGAAACAUAUUACCCCUAGUGUGCCCCUCCCCCUUCCAUAGGAUGCAACGGUAAUGAUUAGAUUUAUUUCUGUAACUGUCUUGGAAACUCACAUUAGUAUUUACUAUGUAUGUUUUUCUCACUGCAUUUCAUCUGGAACAAUAUUUUGGUAUCUUAAAGGAUGAUUCUGGGAGAGUAAGAACUGAAGAUGAUGACAUGAUGCCAAGAAUAUCUUGGAGAGGAGAUGGACAGUUCUUUGUAGUUAGUUCUGUCAGUGAAAAAGGUGAGAAAUGCUUUAACUGUUAAUUUAUCUUUGUGCCAGUAUUUUGAUAUAUUUGUGUUGUAGGAAAUAGAGAGUUGCGAGUGUGGAGUAGGGAGGGAGAUGUUCUGUCUACGUCAGAGUUUGUCACUGCUCAAGGAAUGCUGCUUGAUUGGAGGUACAUCAUCUUUUAUUAGAUAGGACAUGUCACAGCUGGCUUGCUUAGAAAUACAAGGAGAAUUAGCAAAACUAGUGAAAUACAGGCCUAAUCAAUAAGUUUCAAUUCUAGACCAUCUGGGAAUGUGAUUGCAUCAGUUCAAACACUGCCUGAUCAACAACAACAAGUGAUCUUUUUUGAAAAGAAUGGUCUGAGACACGGUGAAUUUUCACUGCGCUCUAACCAAUCCAAGGUAGUGUAGAAAUCAAAAUAAAUUCUAAUAUGCUAUACUGCUGUACAGUAAAAUAACUUCAAGUUAUUAUUUCUUUGAAAAUGUUAAUUUGUUUGAAAAAUCUUUAUGAAUAUUUUCUAGGCUGUUAAACUGUCUUGGAAUAUCGACUCUUCUGUACUUUGUGUGUGGAACAAGAUUGCUUUACCAGACACAGAGACGUUUUAUGACACUGGUAAGACCCGUUAAUAUCACGAAAAAGUCUUUUACAGCUAUGUUACGCGAGGUAGUUUUGCUUCAACUCUUUUGCAAGCACUAUGGUGUAAACCCAGAGUUUGUAAAAUGCGCUUGCAAUAAAAAAAGCAUUAGAAUAACUUGGAUCAGCUUUUCAGAAAAUAUGCCUUCCAAGUUUGAGGCAAAAUUGCCUGUCUGAUUUUGUUUGUAUCAUUUUUUCCAGUUCAGUUCUGGUACAGCAGCAACUAUCACUGGUUUUUGAAGCAAGAAUUAAAAUUCAUGGAAGAUUCGGUCAGUGAUCUAUGUUGGGAUGUCGAAUCUUCACUUAAAUUUCACAUUUUGACGAAAGCUGGUAGUUAUAUGUCGUAUCAAUUUUCUUGGGAGGUAUUUCAGUCACGUGGACACCACGUGAAUAAUGAUGCUUCUGUUGUGAUGGUUGAUGGAGGUAACGUUUUGUUUCGCACUUGCUGCCUUCCACUUGUUCCUUGUGAAACAUUGGGAGUGAAGAAUGACGGGCGCCAUUGUCUCGGCGUCUUUCAAGGAAAUGGUAACUAAAAUAAUUUUUAUCUUCGUUUUUUAGCUCACCUCUUACUGACUCCCAUGUCAUCUGUGAUCAUACCUCCUCCAAUGUCAGCUCAUACUUUACAAACUGAGUGUUCAAUCAAUCAAGUCGCCUUUCAUCCAACAUGUCAGCAUUUGGCAUUACUUCUGUCUGAUGGAAAACUCGUCAUAGUCACGAAAACAUUGCAGAAAAAUGAAAGCACGGAAAAUCGAAAUUCUUCAGAAUUUUUCCAGGCGAGGUACGUCUCUUUAGUUAUCAUCCAAUACUGUACAAGGUAGAUGACCCAUAUCAUAAUACAAGAGAGACCCUACUUUAGAUCACUUUAAGAUAGCGCACAUUCAAGAACAUGUACUACCUCUGCAUGAUCUAACCAUGCUUAACUCAGCAGUGAGUUCUGUACAACAUCAGAUCACGUUAGAAUAGCGCACAUUCAAGAACAUGUACUACCUCUGCAUGAUCCAAUAACUUUGUCAAGACGACCUUUAGUUGCUCUUAGUAAACGUAUAUUCUACUUUAUACAGGGUUGAUUUUGAGAUGAACAAUAAGUUAUGGUCAGGUCCAGGAAGUCUUUAUCAACUGACAUGGUGGAAACACGACACUUUACUUGCACUGGGGAAGUUAAAUGAGGAAGGAGAGAAUGUGAUCUGUGAAAUAUCAUUGUCUGAAAAUGAUGGAGAAUAUAAAGCAAAAUAUCAGUAAGUUUUGUUUUGUUGCUUUCACACAAAAUCCACUGAUCAUUUAGAUUGUAUUAUAAUUGCUUUAUCUUACAGAAAUGUUUUGCCAGUUGAAAAUAUUCUUCGUUUGUCUGUAAAUAUCGAUACAGGCUCAGUUGCUGUGGAGUGUGAUGAUGGUUCCAUAUUGAAAUAUACAUCAGGUAAUCUUCUAGGUAACAUGCACCUUGUAGACCACUCUGGCUGCUGCCAUGUCACCCAUAUAUGAGUCUGAUACCCUGAUCAUGGGUCCUAGAAGGCCUUAGGCAACAGAGAACCCACAACAACUCUACUGGCUACUGUCAUGAGUAUUGCAGCACAGUAAGUCACAGGAGAGGAUACUCACGUCCAUCUAAGUAAUCCCCUACCUUCGACCGACAGUAGGCUUGACUCAGUGUCAUUGGAAGCAGGUCGCUUGCCAUAUUUCUCGUAUGUGUUUGAUUAACUGUUUUACAUCGCCUUCUAGACUGUGGUCACGCUGAACUCAAACCAUGGGUCGACUCAACUGGAAAUACGAUAGUUUUACCACAACCGUGUAUUUAUAUUCAGACUGUACAGAUUGGUGAUGAGGUAUGAUAUAGCAUUCCACUUGGCAGACUUCUUUUCUUGCUUAUUGACUCUAACAAUAUAUUGUUUCCACAGGAAGUUGUCAUUGGCUUGACUGAGCAUUCUAGACUUUAUGUGAACGACAAAGAGAUUGCCAAUAAUUGUUCAUCAUUUUUUGUUCAUGACGAGUAUCUUCUCUUGACAACCACUUCCCAUGUUUUGCGUUGUUUGAGCAUUUUACCGGAUGGAAAAGGUGAGGGAAUGGUUUUGUAAAAGUUCAUCUUUUUGGGGGUUGAUCCAGCUUGAUUUGCUUCGCUGGGAGAGAGCUACCGAAGUAUUUUGGUAAGAGCAGUUUACGGCAAAGGUCAUGCUUGUGUUAGAAAUUGGGAAUACUUAGAUGCUAUGCUUGUUGGUUGCCUGAAGCUUGCUGCAAGAUGGUUGUCUUGAAGCUGUAGGAUUGAAUGAGGAAACAGGCACACUGAGAAAACCAACGCUGAAGUUGUUUUGUCAUAGGUUUGUCUUCGUUACUGGCGGGUAAAACCUUGGAGGAGAAUGUUAGAAAUAUUGAAAGAGGGUCAAAAAUUAUAACUGCUGUUACACAAGAUACCAAAAUGAUUUUACAAGUAAGAUAACUGUUAAACAUUGCAACACAUACUGGAUUUAUAAAGCAUUCUUCAAAGAAAUUGUAGUACAGUUGUCUUCAGAGAAUCUGUUGAAUUUUGUGGUUUAGAUGCCGAGGGGCAACCUGGAAGCGAUUCAUCCCAGAGUUUUAAUUCUAUCCUAUCUCAAGAAAUGUUUUGAUAAGUAUGCUUUUUUGUCAGGUAUUUUGUUAUUGUAUAUUUAUUAUAUUUAUAAUGUUAACAUUGGCUUGUCGUUUCAGUGUAAGAUAUAAAGAUGCUUUUACAUGUAUGAGAAGACAUCGCAUUAACUUGAACUUACUUUAUGAUCAUAACUGUAAGGUAAGAGAAUAACAUUUAGCGUUACAAGUAGGAUUAGGUAUUUUAAGAUGUAAAUUGACCCAAAAAUAUUUUUAGCAUUUCCUGGAGAAUGUGGCAACCUUUAUUCAACAAGUUGAAUCUGUCUCCUUUGUUAAUAUGUUUUUAUCAGAAUUGAAGUAAGUACAUAUAGCUAGCUAUCAGUUCUCCCCUAGAUGUUUAGUGAGACCUCAUUCGUUCAGUAACGCUUUCUUUAUUGGUCAAGUGUUGCUGCAGGGGUAACCAGAGCAGAAAACUUGUGGGGUUGGUAAGAACUAAAGCACUCUCCUCUCAUGUGACUCCUCGGAAUUUAUCUUGUUUCGUUUUUUAGAGCAGAUGAUGUUACACAAUCCCUAUACGCAGAUUACUAUCGUGACAAAACUCCUGCGUAGGUAUUUUGUGUUUGGAUAUUGUAGAAGCAUUCGUGUUGCUUGUUUACGCGUGUUUGUGUGAUUGUAGAGAGAAGUUGGAGAAGAAAGUGGAUACGAUAUGUGAUGCUAUGAGAAAAGCUUUGGAAACUAUUGAUCAAAACAAGUACGACAGGAAAUCCUAAUAUCACUUUAGAACAAAAUUUCAAUUACAACAGUGUAGGUUUCUCGAAAGGCUGUUUAUGAAAAUUGUUUAUUUUUAGGUAUCUUCUUUGUAUUUUGACAUCACAUGUGAAAAAGUCCACACCGGAGUUAGAAACUGCUUUACAAAUUGUGAAAAAUCUUAAAGGUAAAACAGCGCUCACGCCAGUGUUUGUGUAAACAUUUCAUUUGAACGAAUGCAAGAUAUUAACAAUUUUUCCUUCAGACAGCAAGCAGGUCACUGAGGCAGAAGAUGCCCUCAAGUAUCUGUUGUUUUUGGUGGACGUCAAUAAGAUGUAUGAUGUUGCUCUUGGAAUGUAUGAUUUUCAGCUCGUUUUAAUGGUAGCAGAGAAAUCACAAAAAGUAUGUAAUAAAAUUAUAGAAAGAUUCAACCAUAAUAGGGGUUGAUGAGGAUCUACCUCAGUUUCGUGUGAAGACAAUGCUUUUAGUUUGAUUCUGCCAAACACCACAGAUUUUCUCUCAGGUUUCCUCUUGUGCUGUAAAGGAUAAGUCUUACUGGAACUCUAGGAAGAAUAGGGCUAGCCUGUGUAGAUAAAGAUAGUUUAGGCUUCCUCCUGUGCUGGAUCAAUAAGAGAUCAUGGUACUUACUGGUCUUUUACGAAGAACAGUUUAGAACUGAUAGAACUAUUCAGUGUAAAUGAAACUGCGCUUUCGGUUUACAGGAUCCGAAGGAAUAUCUGCCAUUCCUGAAUAAUCUUCGGAAGAUGGAAGAAAAUUAUCAGAAAUACUCGAUUGAUAAAUAUUUAAAACGUUAUUCAAAGGCCAUCAAGCACCUUGCCAAAUGCGGUAAGUUCAGUUAUUAGCCGUGCUCCGUCAUCAGACGUGAGUCGUAUUUGGCCUAUUAUACGCCUUUGUCACGUUUGAGUCGUGUCCUUCGCAACGCAAACCUCUGCUGCAAGGAAAGAUGGUUCUAUUUUUAUUUUCUUCACAUAGGGCCAGAAAGAUUCAACGAAUGUCUAGAACUGAUCAAAGAACAAAAUCUCUAUACCGAAGCUUUACAGUUAUACUCUGGUUCUGAAUAUAAAACAAUAGCUGCGUGUUAUGGAGAAUAUCUUAUUGAGAAGAGACGAUACGAGGAAUCUGGAUUAGGUAAAAUAUUGAUUAUUGCCACCAUUUCAGUUGGGGUGGUUACUGAAGAUAAAGCAUGAGUCGAAAUUCAUCCUGUAUUGUUUGCAUUGUUUUGUUAGUUUUGUUUCGUUGUGGACAUUAUGAACGAGCGCUUGAAGCUUUUCAGGAAUGUGGAAAUUGGAGACAAGUGUUCUGUGUGGCAACAGGAAAGCUUGCGUUCUCUACUGAGCAGAUUUUACACUUGGCGAGGUCUAUGUCAGGUAUACAAUUUAGUACUCUGCAGUAUACGGUACAUCUGAAGAAAUAUGAAAUUAUAUUACUAAUACAAGCAACUGUUGAAAAAAUGGGGCAACAUGCGUCACAUUUCUACCUAACUUGUUGACAUCAGUUUUUGUUGCGUGUUGUAGCAAGGUCUUUCUCUAUCUUCAGGUUACUUGAAAGAACACAAUCGUAUUGCCGAGGCUGCCGUUGUCCUCGUAGAUUAUGCUAAUGUAGGUCAUUGCAGUUUUGAAUUGAUUUACAAUCCUUGCUAACACUGCUGAACCUUGGUUUAUGAACUGUUUGUUGUGUAGAAGUAGACCUUGUAUAUGAAUAUGGUUUCCUGUUUCAGGACUCCGAGGGUGCAAUUGAAUGCCUUAUUCAUGGUAAGCUGUGGGAAGAAGCCUUACGAUUGGUAAGCAUACAUCAGAUUAUGUGCUGCAGAAUCACAUCUACUCAAUAAUUAAUAUCAACAUUUAAACUACCCUAUAAUAACCAGUACCGAGGUCAUCCUGGUACCCAGGGUCUUUUUGGUCCUAGUAUGAUAGAAAAUAGCCUGGGUACGAGGUUGUACCGAGGUCUCUCUUCAAAUAUUACUUCGUUUUUCACAGAUCUAUAAACAUGACAGAGAAGAUAUUAUUGAGACUCACUUUCAGCCAGCUUUGUGUGAAGGUAAAUGUAAACACAUUUUAACAUACAGUGUAUAUUUGUACCUUUUGCAUUUGUUUUUGAGUAUUUCUCGUUACAUUCUGACCUCAGCUUGUGAACAGACAUUGGCAUCUUUUGAGUCAAAGAAAGAAGAUUUUGAACAAUACAGGACAAGACUUGGAGUUGUUCGCGAGGAAAAAGAAAAACGCAAGCUUCAAUUGAUUGGUAUUUAGUUUUAAUUAGAAUUAGUUGUUGAGCAUGUCUUACGCUGCAUGCUUUUUAACUACAAGCUGUAGUUCUGCUAAACUGUUCUCCCUAGAGCUCCAGUAAGGACCAUCCCUUCAGUAGUACUACAGGAGGAAGCCGAUGUAGAAUACAUGGAGAAGACCUUUGGUGUUUGGUAUUGCCGAACUGGAAACACUUUUCCGUCACGCGUCUGAGGUGAACUUAUGAUGAGACAAAUCUCAGUCACAGAGAUGAAAUCACUGACACUAAGAUGGAAGCACAGUCACAGAGAUGGAAGCACAGGCACUAAAAUAUAUCUUGUGUUGUAGACAAUGAACUUGAAGAGGAUCUUAACGCUGAUCUAUUCUCUGAUAUCUCGAGCAUUACUGGGCAAAGUACCAUGACGUCAUCGUCUGUAUCUUCGCGAACAUCGCGGACUACUGGGUAAGAGUGAGUUUGCAAAUUAUUGCUGAGUUUCAGAAAGUGUUACGAAAUUCAAUUCUCGAACUAUUGACAAGUACAACUUAAGAAAAUUAAAUCUCUCAAUUCUAUGUAUAUAAAACUACAUUAUUUCCUCACUCUGAUAACUGCAGGUUGACCCAUCUGCUGUACGAUAGUGAGACCAACGUAUUCAACAAACUAGACAAAAAACUCUGCAUUUCUUUUGCAGCAAGUCAUAUAAAAAUCGUAAGAAAUCUCAACGUAAAAAAGUCAGUUUAAAAGAAGGAAGUCAGUAUGAAGAUUUAGCUCUAAUGGAAGCUUUGGCUGAAAUUAUUUCAUUUGUUGAUAAAAUGCAAGGUAGGAUUUUAUCUUUUCGCCAGGCUUUGGGUGACUUUCUAUUUUACUAUCCCGAAAUAACAUAACAGGGAUUAGGGUUAUGGCUAGGACUGAGGUUGGGGUUAAGAUAAAUGUUGUAGUUUCCAGUAAGUAUUGUGUUUAUGUAUUUCAGAGGAAGUGUCAACGUUGUUAAGAAUGCUGAUGUUAUUUGCGUACCAGCAAGAAGCCAGUAUGCUUCAAUCAACUUAUGGUGAAAUAUUAGAUAUGGUUCGUGGUUCUAUGAAUGACAUUUGGCCGCCAGGUUUACCACAAGAAACAACUCCUGUGGUAGGUUUACAUUAAUUCACACAUUCUUAGUUUCUUGUACGUUUGUAUUGGCUAUAAAUAGGGUUGUUUUGUUUUAUGGAAGACGCAACGUUUACUUCGCAAAGCUGUUCAUCCUUAAACCCGGAUAUUCAUCAGUGCAAAUUAUCCAUUCAUUAAAUUUCUUAAAAUAUUUUUCCCACAGAGCUUUGGUCCUCAUUUGACUUCAAACACAAUUGUACGAUCCAUGAAGAAUAACGACACAACACAACGUAAAGGUAUCGUUAUAAGUGACUUCAUUUAGUACCAUAGUGCAGCAGAUGCUGGUCAGCCUGCAGUUACCAGAAUGAAGGAAUAAUGUUAAAGUAGUCUUAUGCUUGGUGGCAAACGAUAAUUGAGAAUUGUAAGUUAAUUUUCUUGCUUGUACAAGUAACAACAUUUCUUAGCUUCCUGGCAGGCAUCUCGUAGUUGCCUGCAAGAAAUUUUGCCCGAUAAUCGAAAGGCGAUGCCUGCGGAGGAGGCUAGACAUUUCUGAAGUUCACUACCAUUUCCUUGCUGUGACUAAAAUCUCCCAGUUAUGGCAAUUCAAUUAUCACAUUUAUUUGUUCAUUUAUAUAAAACACGAGCACGAGUGUUUUAUCAGAUAUAAAACACGAGGCGACACCCGAGUAUCUUAUAUCUGAUAAAGCACGAAUUACGAGUAUUUUAAUUGACUUAAAAAACAACCCAUCUUAUGAGUUUAUUGGCGUAGUAAUUUUAAAAAUAAACGUUGUCUAAGCAGAGAAAAUCAAAGCUAAAGUUUAUGUAAAUGAGCAUGAUUUUUUAUCACAAAUAAAACCACCGACACAGCAGUGAUUUCCUUUGAAUGAUUGCUAUUGAAUUAUUAAUAAGUUUUUUAAUUUUUAGAUAUUCCUACUCCUCCAGCUCCUGUUCUUCAAAAACUUCUACACUGGCGCUUGGAUCAACUCAUGUGAUCUGAUGGAUGAUCAGAGAUGUCCUUGGUUCUGCCUCGCCUCGGAUGAAUCUAAGAUCAGUUAUGAGAUAAGAGUCAUAUAUCCUGAAUAACUCGUGCAAUACUUUCGAUCAUGUUAUUGUGCAAUGUUCAAACUGCCCCAAAAUUGACAUGUCUCAAGUGGGGUAUUAGACUUUCACAACGUUCUUCGUCUUGCUUCAUAAACAGCAAAUACGAAGGACUCGCAACCUAAUCGCUUGGACCGAACCAUACACCAAACACUAACAAAAGAAUCUUCGCGCAUGCCUGUAACAUCCAAACAGGAAUUUCUUAAAGCGUUUAAAAUUUCCAAACAACGAUUCAUAUGUAUUCAACAUCCAACCGCAAAAGCGUGUUGACCUUAACAGCUUGAACUGUGAUGACUGGCAAAAAUAUGAAUUGCUAUUUUGAAUAAUUACACUGCUUUCUUCAAUAACAUCGUGUCUUAAUGUUUUGUGGAUAAUCUUUAGAAUUCUCAAUUACUGUGUAUCGCCCCUUCAUUCUAUGAGGAAUAUUUAGGGUAAAUUUAGUCUUGAUCUAAUGGUGUUCUCUUUUACAAUGUUUUUAUCUGAUCAAUUUUAAAAAAAACAUGUUUCGCUACUCUAAUUAAUCGAUGAAUUCAAGUCAAUGAAUGAAAUACCCCAAAUCACAAUUCAUAACCAAUUUCCAUUGACGUCUUCUAGAACAGCCCAUGGCCAAAUUAAGUACACAAGUUAUUUGUUUAACUUUAUUAAUGGAUAAUUGAAUUAUUUAUAGAUUAACACAAACAUAUAACACAAGUUAUCUUUCAGGUAAAAAUUUAAUGUUGAAUGUUAUUUCAGUAUAAUCGAAACUAAAGCCAAAUGAAUUCAAUAAAACAACUGGCUGCAUUUGUAAAAAAUAUUAUUGACGAAGUGUUUGUAUUAAUGUUGUUUUAUGAGACAGAAGUUGCAGAGCAGUCUGAUUUGAGGAGGUGUUAGACACGUUAGGUGGUCCUGAUGUUUGUUUUUGCUCGUAUAAUUAUCAGUCGUAGUUGUUUUGAAAACAGUAUUAUUGCUUAUAAUACUUUAGUUCAAGUCUCUGUACUCAGACUGUAGUAUACGUGUCAAUGUUUAUGCACAAGCUAAGUGUAUUUUAUACCUUCUUUGUUCUUGUAGUUAUUUGGAGUGCAAUAGCCCUGAAUGUGACAAGAAAGUUGGACAAAAUAAAUCACUUUACUUCAAAAAGACCUGAAAAUCUCACAACACUCAAUUUAACAUCAAUAUCGUAUCACUCUCGCGAGUCUAGUGCCGGCCAGGACCAAAUUAGCAACCUAAACUACAGUAUUUUAUCCAGCCAAGUAUCGUCUGUGACCAGUGUUGUCUCCUCGUGUUCUGGGCAAUGUAGUGGCGUAAAACAACAACCAGUGUUCAAACGAGAGCUCAAGGAAGGUGAUCGUUUUGCGUCGUUUUAUAAGGUACAUAUAUUAAAAUCAAGUCAGUUGGUUCUCAGCAGAAUUACUUGUUCUGAACAGAGAUUCCGUCAUUGACUCAUUGAUUGUGAGAAUAGAACUCGGGGAAUUUGGCCUCGGGUCAAACGAUUAUCAGAGUUGGUAGUCCCACGUUGUUCCGGGGGACAUUUCAAGCUCUGGAUUAACAAAAUAAAGGUUUGAAGAGUGUUCCAACACUAUGUUAUAACUUAAUAAAAUACAUAACUGUUAUGUAUAAAUAAUCGAAAUAUCACGUAUACUCGAACCGACUUGACUUGAUAAGAGCGUCGGACUAACUGUCCAGUUUGAGCAGGCAGGCUGUUUGCAGUAGCGUCAUCUAUCACGUCACUGUUGUAAGGAAAGAUUAUUGCAAAAACCUUAUUUGUUGUUUGUUUAAUAGGUUCGUGACUGGCUCCUUCUUGGUGUUGUCCUGACUGGCAUUAUAUUCCUCCUUGUCACUCACAUUUCAAGCAGACGUCCUCACAGAUUUAACACAUAUUGUAGAAAGAUCUGUUAAAGGUUUUUAAAGGUAGGAUCACUUGUACAGAUGUCGGAUUAUACAUAUAUUGUACUUAUUCACCAUAUAUAGAGGUAUACAUAGAUAGUAGAUACUGAGGCUGCUCUAAUCUGAUGUUGUACAGAACUGUGAGCCUCUCCAUUGUUCUCUCGCGGUUGACUCCGUCAAAUAUGUUUAAGUCAUGCCUAACCAAAUUUAAACGGUUUGUGCCAGUUUAGGUUUUGUAACCAAAUUAAUAACUAUGUUUUGAACUUGAAUCUACUUGUAACUACAUAACACAUUACACAUUACAUUGAUUCUGAUCAGGAUUUACAAUGAAAAUACAACAUGCGAGACAACACGUAUAUACAAAACACGCACGUAUGUACAACACGUACAUAUAAAAGAGCAUUGACUGAACUGUUCCAUGCGCAACUAGUUUGCAAACAUUUAUUUCAUUACAAAAACCAAGUUAUAAAAACUAUUGUACAAAGUGAACCCAAAUUUUUCCAAGAAAUAAACUACAUUCACUGCAUAUAAUGUUACCACGCCCUGACGCUACUGGGCCUAAUAGCCCCCCUCUGUUUUACACAUCGGUGGAUUAAAAUCACCAAAUACAUUCAACUCUAUAACGCAUGCAAUAGUUAUAAAUACUAAAUACACUACAAUAUAUGUACAGCCAACGGUUUUGGUCAAUGUCCAGUCAUUGAAAUGCAUCAUUAAAAAUGUCAGUAAUAUUGAAGCCAUGAUAAAGAAACUGCUUAUAAAUAAUCCAUGACUGUUCAGAACUAUGGAAGAUUUUGUUUCGAAGACCAUCGUCUUGAGUGUCCAUGGUAGGCCAAGACACAGCAGGAUGUCGAACACGUUACUGCCCACGGUAUGACUGCAUGCCAUAUCGCCAUCACCUGUUGAGAAAUAUAUGCACAAUGUUUAGAUUGUCGGCAUAUCGCCGUCACCUGUUGAGAAAUAUACAGCUAUUUCAAUUAAGGUUGUCCACGAGCAAAGCGGGAAAGUCGAAUACGAAUUGUCGGCAUAUCGCCGUCACCUGUUGAGAAAUAUACAGCUAUUUACACUGGCCUGUAGGCCAAGUGUCUUAAAUCCCUCUUUUUCUGUUUUUUUCGUAGUCGAGAAAUCGAGUUUGCGUUAGCGCAUCGCAGGCUCAAGGUGCAACGAUUAAGCCAAAAUGCCAUCGAUUCCCUCCGUUCCAUGAUUCAAAUACAAUAGCAACAAGUUACGUAUUUAUGUACGUACUAGCCGACUCAUGCCAUGCUUGUGGUACAUUUUUCGUUUAUUAGCCUAUACACUUGUACGCACGCGCACAAUUCCGAACUGCAAUGGCGGCUUUUCACAGAGUGAUCAAACUAUAUUUUACACAGUUUCGUUGAAUUUUCAAAGAAUUGUGCCAGUUUCCUAUGUAUUUUACGUUGUGUCGUACUCUGGACUUUCUUGCGUGUUGAAUUAAUGUGUUUUUCUUUGUGUAAUGACUCGAAAACCACAAAAUAUAAUAUUUAGUACUCCACGAAAUAUAAUCCGCACGAAAAGCUUUGUGGUAGCUAUACUGAAAGAUAAAGCGUGCGUUCAAAUACCAACAAGAACUAGAACCAUUAUUGUAUCAUUUGUAUGGUUCUCAUUUGCUAGAUUUGCCACAAGUCGACCUCGAAGAAACGCAUUUCGUUCGAGGUCGACUUGUGGCAAGUCUACUCAUUUACAAUAACAUUUAUAGUUCGACGCGAAUUUUAAUACAACUAUGGUAUCAUAUUUCAUAAUACAACAAACAAUGUAAACUAGCCAUACAUUUUGCCGAACAUAACUUUGGCCCCUUUGGACAUAUCUUUUUCGUGAUAAUGUUAUUGGAACCAGAAUCGAAAACAUUAUUUAUAGUGUUAUUUUCAAGCUUGUGUCUUGAGAUUCUCAUCUUUUAUUUCGGUAUUUACAGAAUAUUUAUAUUUUUAGCGCGGCCCAUGGAACGCACAUGAAAAUAACGCGCUGUUAGGAAAAACCGGAAAUCGAUUCUGUAGAUCGGCAUGAUUUGCACGUGCAUCGAUCUCCAUUUCGUCACCCGAAAAGGUCUUUUAUUUUUUAAAAAGUCCAUAAAAUUUGCUUGCGGUUUAAGAUUUGUAUUCCUGCCUUUUGCACCAUAGCACGUAUCUCGUUAUUUUCAGGCCAGUGUGAACGCCUGAGCAGGCGUCUUGUUCAAUUAAGGUUGUCCACGAGCAAAGCGGGAAAGUCGAAUACGAGCGCGAAAGGCUGCUGGGAAUCGCUAACAAAUUAAUGAAUUUUCAAAGCGAUUCCCAGCAGCCUUUCGCGCUCGUAUUCGACUUUUCCGCUUUGCUCGUGGACAACCUUAAUUGAAAUAGCUGUAUACACAAUGUUUAUCGCCGUCACCUGUUGAGAAAUAUAAUAUGUUUAUAUCGAAAUUUUCUGUCAAGCACGGCUUCACAUGCGUCUCCUCGCAUUUCAUGUACGGCUCUGUGACAUGCUAGCACUACAUUGGAGAAACUGGAAGAUGUUUGAGGGUGUGGUUCGUCAAGAUGCCAUCAACGACAAUGCUACAAACUGUUGCUAGACAUUAUAACGAUGGCAAUUGAAGAAUUACAUUUACGAAGCCGACACUUCAGUCUAGUUUCUUCAUGCAACCAGGUAUAAUAAAUAUUGUUGUCUAUCUCGGGUUUAUGUAAAUGAGGCAACAACGCAAAGGUGCUCUUGUGGGAGACAGAUAUUGUUCUCCCAAUCCAAAGCAUGAUAUUCCAAGUUGCUUGAGGUUGAGAAACUCAGAAACAUUGUUUGUUAAAUAAUCGUUAUCUCACUGAUAACCUUACUAUAACCUUACUUACUGCAACUGCAUCUAACAUGUCCUCACCUUUCUUGGCGACCACCAAGCUGGAAAUACAGUCAGGUACACUGCUUCCAAAUGCCACCAAAGUUAAUCCCAUGACAGUGUCAGGGACACCGAAAGUAAAUCCCACCAGUGUGACCAUCCACACAAGAAUAUAUGACGUCACAGCUAUCCAUGCGAUGCAUACAAUGAAUGAGAGAGGGUACCACUUCCGACAUUUUGGUUUUCUUACAUCGGGGAUUGUAAAAUAGAAGCAGACGUUGAGAGGCAGAGCCAGACACCACAGGAAUAUUUGACAUUUUCCACUUGGAGGAUGGAACGGGUUGCCUAACGCAACAUCGAAUUCCAUGUCUUGAAGACAGCAUUCCGCUUUUGAAAAUAAAUAUUAAUUGAGUCAAUUUCCGUAUUAAUAUGUUCAACAUCAAUACAAUCUUAACUCUUACCCCUUUAUCGUAACUCUAAUCCUAAAUUUAACCUUUAAAUGUCAUUUCGUGAUAGUAGUAUGUAAGGCUACCCACUACUGCGUGCAAAAACUACACGUAUCUGGUGUUGAAACUGUGUGCUGAAAUGGACAAAUUGGUACAACGUCAAUUCCUACGCCAGUCAUACCUUGAUCAGGAGUGGCUAUACUGGAUCCUGGAUCAGUCUUGAUUUCCACCUCAUCAUCAUUAAUCAUCAACAUUGCUGCUGUGUCCAUUGCACCAUCCUCACCACCCUGUUCAAUAUUCUCUUCCGCACCCCCCUGACUCUCCUCGUGUUUGUAAUGAUGUUCUGCGCAAAACUCGUCUGUACCGUCAUCCCUUGCGGGAGCUAAUCCUGUAUACCCCAAGUGAUGUUCAGAGGAAUGAGGUUCUUUGACUGUGUUAGUGAUACGACAGAAGAAUUUUUCUAUUGUUGGAUUGAAGUACAUCAGCAUUAGGUAGAGUGAAUAGGAACACAUCAUGAUGAUUGCUUCGUACCUACACAAAUAAAAUUUGUUAUUGCCUUGUACUUAUAAAACUAUGCUAAAUGGUUGUGUUCGAUAGAUGUACAUCUGUAUUGCUGAGUAUAGUGAUUGCUUCGUAAAAUAAAAUUAUGCUGUUGUCUCGCACCUACAGAAAUAUCAGAGUAAAACUAUGCUAUAUCGAAUAAUAACUAUUGAAUCACUGAAUCAGUGGGCAAACUAACUUCGAGCCAGGCUGGUCACAGAAACUUUGAUAGUGUAAGCCAGGUUUCAGUGAGCUUCUUACCAUUUAACGACGCCAUCCAUAAUCACCAACACUAACGCUAUCAGUGCGAGAAGAUAAGACAUGAGAUCACGGACUAUUGGCCACCACGACAGUUUGAGCACCUGAGUUUAAAAAAGAACUUGUUAUUUUGGGCUGUAACAAAUGUUGAAGGAAAGAGAAGCAACUUACAUGGCCGGAGAAGAGAGCACAAAUUCCAAUAACAAAUAAAACAUUAAACACAGCAGAUCCCAGGAUUGUCCCAGUACCAAUGUCACCUUUGGUUAUAAAAACACCUGAGAUGAAGAAAGUAUGUUAAUAGGUAUUAUCAGGAUAAGGCCUCUUUCAAUCAUCCAGUGGCAUUGAACUAGCUUUGUUUAUUUAUGCUAGAUAUCACUUUUGAACUGUUUUUCCUAGAGGUCCAGUAGGGGCAAACUCGCGAUGUUUUGUAGAAUCUAACUGGAAGCAUUUUGCUUACAUGCCAGUGAAGGCGGCUGCAUACUGCAGGCAUCGAGCCUUCUGACACGUAAAACUAUGAAAUUAAACCCUGGUCACAAAGAUGAAACACGCAUGCGCUGUGCUACAAAUAUCCCAGUGUUCCUUGCGAGUUAAACAUUACGUAAUUCGUAUUACAGGGCUUGCAUUGAUAACAACUCUUUAUUGAACUGGAGUGAUCUAUCCUGAAAAAUAUUCGUUUAUGAAACAACUAGGACGUCGUCCUAUACUAACCAAUGACAGAAGCGAACAAUUCCGGAGCAGAACUUCCUAACGCCAUAAAGGUCGCCCCAGCCACAUCACUUUGUAAAUUACAUCUUUCACAUAUGACAUCCAGUGCAGGAACAAAGUAAUCAUCGCAAAUGAUGGUGAUUGCCCAGAACAUGUAGAGCGCCACUACAAUAUGUACGAUGAUCCCCCCGUGCAGUCUCUGAUUAUGGUUCAUUGAGUCACGAGGAAAUUCCAGUAUAGCCGGGGGGGUGCAUGUUGGUUUCGUAGGAUGGCUCAGUAAAUGUCGAAAACUUGACUGAAAUAUCUCUAAAAAUUAGGAACAGUUUCAAAAUGUGUGGAGGACCAGUAAGAGCCAUCUCUUAUAUUGAUUCACCAGAACACUUGGACUAAACUAACUUGGAUAGUCUAUUGGUUCUAAACUGUUCUUCUUUUUUCUUUUUUUCUUUUUUUUUAAUUAAUAUUUAAUUUCAGGAAGCUUUCUCACAAAGUGAUUUUCAGAAAGGUCCUGAACUAAAUAAACUAUUAUACAAGAAAGGUCUAGUAAGGAUCAUCUCUUGUUGAUCCAGUGUUACUACAGGAGGAAACCUAAACUAAACUAACUUUAUUUAUACUGGUAUCUCUAUCAGUCCUGAAGAGGUCCAGUAAGACCCUCUCGCUUCAAUGUCAUACGAGAAAAGACAGUUUUCUCAUGAUGCAUGUGACAUAUCUUUAGCUGUUACACAAACUUAUUUUGUCUUAAAGAAGGUCUCUAUACAUGACGAAUGAACCGCAUCAAAGAUUCUUUGUAUUUGAAGAGCACUUGUAUAUAUUGACGGCUGCAUGUUAUAACAACGGAUAUUAUAUUCUGUUUCAGGCGGCUCUGUUUGUUCCAAUCAAACAGCUUUGUUCAAUUUUUUCCGCUCGAGCUAGGCACUAUAGAUUCGUGUUUAAUUAUAGAGGGGAAAUCAGCUCUGUGAAAUCCCCUCAUGAAACUAUGCUCGUUUCCCAAUCUAGCUUUUUAUAGGCUGCAUCCAAUCUGGCUUGUUAUAGACUACAUCCUAUCUAGCUUGUUAAAGACUACAUCCUAUCUAGCUUGUUAAAGACUACAUCCUAUCUAGCUUGUUAAAGGGUGCGUACUUGGCUUCCACUUACAAGAAAAUUAAACUACAACUCUCAAUUCUAUUUAUUUGCCUCCAAAUACAAGACUACUAAUAAACAAUUUGUACAAUAUAUACAAGACUACUAAUAUAUAAUGAAAAUAAUGAACAUUUUCUCGCUCUGAGAACUGCAGGUUGACCAGCAUCUGCUGCACGAUUUUGAACCCAUAAUGGGAGGAAGUUAAGAAAGUUUAUUCGCAGGAGGAAGUUUUUUCGCAGAUGAGAAUAGAUUGCUGUAUUGAAUGUACAGUAAUACUCUGAAGUUAGGCUGUCUUUCAUUUAUACUGGGAGUGAGAAGACUUGACAACCCACGCGACUGAGUCAACACAGACAGUACAUCAUGAGGCUUAAAAUGUGUUCUGUAUAACAUCGAACUUUUACAAAGUAGGUAGCCAUGCAUAUCGAGGAAAAUUUACCUGUACCUGAUCUAGCAAUGUCUAGAACCAAUGUUUGGGGCCCCUACUCACAUUUUUCUGAACACAGUCAUAUGGUUUAAUGAUACGAAAAUUCAAAACUCUUUCAAGUGCAUGUUGAAAAAUAAUAAGGAACGAGAGCACAUAAUUGAUAACUGCGCGGUCUCGUGGUUUUACUUUUCCAUUGCAUUAAUUCCUUGAUUAAAAAUCGAUAAUAAUUACGAUUCUAAUAAUUACAAAUCUUGACUAAUUGAAGAUGAAUUCAGCUGCAGCGGAAUUAUGAUUAUCUGGCAACAUCCAAAUUAUCUUUCAUAGCACUUUUCGAGGCUAAGCUUUCAAAUUAUAACUUUAUCGCUUUAGCAGCGGGAAUAGUAGCUAUCUGAGAAAUUACGGAUUGAAAGCUUUGCCAAAUGAACGUCGUAUUUUCCACCAAUGAUUCACAGUUGCCAUGCAAAACAGCUAGAAACUUAAUAUAAAAUAUUUACCUCGAUUUUGAGACGAUCCAAGUUUAAUUUCCUGUUUCAUUGUGUUUGUUGAAAGUUGAAGGAAAUCUUUCAGGAUAUAGAAACCACAACAGACAGCGAUGUAGAACAUAAAACAUUUCAUUUUCCCCUUUCUAGUGAGUGAAGCCAUAUUUCGAAACGAGAUUGCUUCCCAGAGCCGUGCAGGUGAUGUUGGCUGGAAUAUGAAAGUAAUUUCAAUGUUUGUUUUGUAAGGUAAGCCAACUUAAUUUGAAUUUCAAUUUUUGUAAGAGGUUGUUUGAAGUACACGUCCGCUUUAGGGAAAAUGAUAUUAGCCAUGCACAUCAUUGUCGAGUGUUUUCUCGAAAUAUUUACAAUUUCCGGAGGGGGAAAUAAUUUUAAAAACUGUAAAAAAAUAUUAAUUCUGGUUAGUAAAAAUUGAGUGAACGUAAUGUUGACAAGCGGCUACAGAGCUGAAGAGGGUGGCUAAAUGAGAGGAGUCACGGUGUAUAUUCUCUGAUAUAACCCUGCAUGACUACAGAGCUGAAGAGGGUGGCUAAAUGAGAGGAGUCACGGUGUAUAUUCUCUGAUAUAACCCUGCAUGACUACAGAGCUGAAGAGGGUCGCUAAAUGAGAGGAGUCACGGUGUAUAUUCUCUGAUAUAACCCUGCAUGACUACAGAGCUGAAGAGGGUGGCUAAAUGAGAGGAGUCACGGUAUAUAUUCUCUGAUAUAACUCUGCAUGACUAUAGCUGUGAAAUUGUGUCUGUUAUGAGUAUUUUGUUGACGUUAAAAGUGUUCUUAGCAGUUUCAAAAGUAUUAAAGUAGUUAGGGGCUUAGAGGUUAUUUAAGAAUUUAAGAUGGGCAAAUAAAAAUUUAAAUACGUCCAAGUUGGGAGGUAAUCCAAUAUCCAUGACGAAAAUAAUUUCAACAUGGGCGGCUCAAACCACUGAGAUGACAAAAUAACUGGAUAGCGCAUCUUACAUCCAAACUCGUCAAUUAUAUUUUUCGCUACUUACACUAAUGAUCCACGCAACAUUGAAGACACGGAAUAAUAUAAAGUUAUUUUAUAAGCACGUAAUAUAUAUGUAAUGUAUAUAGAAAUAUACAAUGAAAUAGUCCUGUAAGGCUGUAUACAAAUCUUUACUACAGAAUUUUAUAAAUCCAAAUACAACAAUUACCAUAAAUACAGGAUGAGAAGAAACGUAAAAUAGAAAAAAUCUUUAAAUUUUACACAAAUUGUGAAUUGUAAAAGAUUUUAAUUUUGUCUUAUUAUUCUCUAUACAGGUGGCAAGUUCAAGUUAGAAAAGAGAAAUAAUACACAGGUACCUACCGUCUUAUGUUCUUCCUUAUGAAAACAAUACUUUAUCCCAGCUAUAUCAAGUUUAAAACAUCCCAGGUUAUGAUCCUUUGAAUCGUUAGUACAUAGUUUCUUAAAGAUCUAGCCAUAUUCACGGCUAGCCGUUCGGUAACUCCAUGGAAUGAUGGAAUGUCAACGAAAGUUUGACAAGCGUUGAUUAUGUCAUGUCUCUGUGAUAUUUUGUUAAGUUACAUUUUAAUAAAGAACUUGUUUGUUGUUCCGGGGGGUGCAUGCCGCGAAAUGUCACCUCAACAGGUUUCGUAUCAAGGCGUAGCAAACCGUCUUUUCGGGUUUCAGAUUUCCGUGUGGAAACAACAAACUUGUAUUAAAAUCAUCAGUUUCAUCAACGUGUGAAAUAAAAUGCCCUAGAGACGUGAAAAACACCUCUCCGUACCUUUUAGGAACGCUGUUUUCAGAGGAAUUAUUGCAACGGAGAAAUGUUGUUUCGCUCAGCUUCUGAAAGUUAUACAUUCCGUAUCGGACAGGUGCUUUUUCGCGCCACUAUACGGAAAAAGUAGCUGGAUUUCAAUACCGCUAUUUGUGCUAAAGACGAUUGAAGGGCAUUUUUGUAGCGAGAUGAAUGGCAUUUCAAGGCAUGCUAAGACUUUGUUAAUAUUGACUUUGUCUUGAUCAUUAGUAGUGGAAAAAGUAGCUGGAUUUCAAUACCGCUAUUUGUGCUAAAAACGAUUGAAGGGCAUUUUUGUAGCGAGAUGAAUGGCAUUUCAAGGCACGCUAAGAUUUUGUUAAUAUUGGCUUUGUCUUGAUCAUUAGUAGUGGAAAAAGUAGCUGGAUUUCAAUACCGCUAUUUGUGCUAAAAACGAUUGAAGGGCAUUUUUGUAGCGAGAUGAAUGGCAUUUCAAGGCAUGCUAAGACUUUGUUAAUAUUGACUUUGUCUUGAUCAUUAGUAGUGGAAAAAGUAGCUGGAUUUCAAUACCGCUAUUUGUGCUAAAAACGAUUGAAGGGCAUUUUUGUAGCGAGAUGAAUGGCAUUUCAAG